UUCAACCAGCGCAUGCGAACAGGGUGUGACGUCACGAUUGGUGUUCCACGCGGUGGUGUAAGAUAAGUAAAGAAAACAGAUAAUUUCGUCUAGUUAAAUCCACAUGGCCUCUCAAAACGGUCAGGACGGUAUCCCAGAUGCUUGGGAUGAAAACGUGGCUGCUGGGGACUCCGGAAAUGAUGCCGUCAAUGACUUAACGAAACCACUAUCAAGUCUCAAUGUUAACGCACCUGCAUUCGUGCCUGGCAAAAAUGUGUUUGCACCAACAUUUGUACCAACUGGUCCUGGUUCAGACGAACAAGGUGACUCCCAGGGCCCAGACCUGAAUGAGGAAGAGGCAGAAGAGGUUACAGAAAAGAUGGAGACAGAUGCACAAGAUAAAGGAGCAGAUGCUGAUGGAAAUAUAGCUGAUGAGUGGGAGAAUAGUGAAGAAGAUUCUGAACAGACUACAGACAAAGACAUGGAACCUGAGGUACCAGUUGCCCCCAAACCAAAGAAGAAACCCCCUUCUGUGUCCUCCCUGGAACCCAAGAAGGAACAUGUCAAUGUUGUAUUCAUAGGACAUGUUGAUGCUGGCAAGUCAACAAUCGGAGGCCAUCUACUGUAUCUCACAGGUAUGGUGGACAAAAGAACACUGGAGAAGUAUGAGAGAGAGGCCAAGGAAAAGAACAGAGAAACAUGGUAUCUGUCGUGGGCAUUAGACACUAAUCUUGAGGAGAGGGAGAAAGGGAAAACAGUAGAAGUUGGACGUGCUUUCUUUGAAACAGAGAAGAAACACUUCACUGUUUUGGAUGCCCCAGGUCACAAGAGUUUUGUUCCCAACAUGAUAGGAGGAGCUUCUCAGGCAGACUUAGCAAUAUUGGUAAUAUCAGCCAGAAAGGGAGAGUUUGAAACUGGGUUUGAACGUGGAGGACAGACAAGAGAACAUGCUAUGUUGGUGAAAACAGCUGGUGUUAAGCAUUUAGUGGUUCUGAUAAACAAAAUGGAUGAUCCUACAGUGGAAUGGUCAGAAGUAAGAUACAAUGAAUGUAAAGAGAAGUUACUGCCCUAUUUAAAAAAGUGUGGCUUCAACCCAAAGACUGAUAUUUAUUUUAUGCCCUGCUCUGGCUUAACAGGAGCUUUCCUCAGAUAUGUUGUGGAUGACAGUUUGUGUCCAUGGUACAGCGGUCCCUCAUUAUUGGACUACCUUGAUGCCAUGCCGUCACUAGACCGGUCAAUGGACGCCCCAUUGCGCCUGCCAGUUGUAGACAGAUACAGGGACAUGGGAACUAUUGUCUUGGGCAAAAUUGAAUCUGGAUCAAUAACGAAGAAUAUGACAUUAGCCAUGAUGCCAAAUAAGCAAACUGUAAAGGUAAUGCAGAUCUGGUCGGACGAAUAUGAUGUUGAUGAUGCAAUGCCUGGUGAAAACGUCAAACUGAAGUUGGCUGGUGUGGAAGAAGAGGAUGUGUCGCCUGGCUUUGUCCUGUGCCCACCUGACAACCCAUGUCAUACAGGAAGGACAUUUGAUGCUCAGAUUGUAAUGCUGGAACUCAAGUCAAUUGUGUGUGCAGGCUACAGCUGUGUUCUACACAUCCACUCAGCGUCAGAGGAGGUCACCAUCAAAUCACUGAUUUGUCUUUUGGACAAGAAGUCAGGAGAAAAGACUCAAAUAAAACCACGCUACAUCAAGCAGGACCAAGUUGGCAUUGCUAGAUUUGAGGUUAAUGGUGGAAUGAUUUGCUUAGAGUCUUUCAAAGAUUUUCCACAAAUGGGGAGAUUUACACUAAGAGAUGAAGGUAAAACAAUUGCUAUUGGAAAGGUGCUCAAAAUCAGAGAAUAAUUUGUUUCCAAGGACACCAGACAUAUUCCAUGAAAUUGGUGACCAAAACAAAGACUGACACUCCACUGCAUUAUGCAACAUGUUUCAUUGAAAUGUCAAGCGUGUCUUUCUCUAUCCGAGCCUGCUCCUAGGCCUGCCAUUGUGACUUCUUGAGCUAAUUUGUGCUAUACUUGGAUUGCUUCCUCAUCACUUUGGUUCCCCGACUGGCUCAGCUUGGUAUUUGCAGUAUACUCCAAAGUUUGUCACAUGGAUGAUAAAGGUUAUUUGUUGUCUGUGAAAUACAUGCAUUUUUAUGUCUGCUGUACAAAAUCGCAGAGGCGUGUUCAUAACUGCAACUUGAUAAAUUCAGUGAUAUCUUCAGUAUCUCUCUAUCUCGAGAUAAUAGCAGAUGUUGAUCACUGCGACAGUUAAAACUUACACCUUUCUGAAGCAGAUGAGCAAUCUUGGUCGACCAUCUCUAAUGGAACCAGGGACAGUUUGAUGCAGAUGUGUUUUGAGAUCUGACUGUAUGAUGCCAUACAGUUCUUCACAACAGCAAAAGACUGACUACUGAAGGAUACACACAAAGUGUACAAUCAAAAUAUAUUUUUGCAAUCUGUUUUAAGAAGUCCUACUUGUACAUAAUGAUUCUGUUGAUGCUGUUUUCUUUGUGCCCUGUAAAAUAUGUACACUAAGAGCAUAGUAGUAUAUCUAUAAUAGUGCACAGUUGUUACACAUUUUGUUUAUUAUUCUGAGCUGGUAGAUAUGGGGUUUUGGUGGUCACAUGCCACUGUUUGUUCAAGGACAUUCCUGUGCCGGUUUUUUUCUGUUGAUUUGAACUAGGUGAAAAGUGAGAAAUUUAAGUUGACUAAUGCCAAACUGCUGUCAUAUAUCAGUCUAAAUGUACCAAAACAGAAUGAGGACUGUUGUGUGAUUAAGUCAGUGUUUUGAUUUUUUAUAUGGUGAUGGUUUGAAGUUUUAUUCUAAGUAAUCUGUGAUUCAGUCAUCAGCAGUGCAGAUUUUCAAAUUACCUGUUGAAAUACAGUUGUCCUAUAGCCCAACAACCCCUUUGAACAGCAAAGUUUGGACCUGUCCAUUGAUACAUAACCAUUAUGAGGUGUUGAAGUUUCAUAGUGUGGGAAGCAGUUGUAGGAUAUAAUGUACAUACCCCAUCUAAUGUUACAAGCUUCUUGGGUUAUGUUGAUGUACAUUCACAGGGCAAUGUAUGAAACUUCAUGAAAUCUUUACAAUUUGCUUAUAAAUGCAAGUGUAAAUAAAGAAUAUUGCAAAUUAAAAAGAAUUUCCAUGAACAAACGUGGCUUUGAGUUUUUCUUAAACCAUGUGCUGUAGAUUUGCCUCUUCCAUAUGUAGACCAGAUACUCAUAUAUCUUGAACUACUGUCCAGUUUUGAAGUGGCUGAUUUAAUGUUAGUCGUUUAUUCGCUUGUUCUGAUGCCAUGUUUUAAAACCUCUUUUUUUCCCACUACGCCAGGUACAAAGUGCCACCAAUAUUCCAACAAUCUUUCCUGCCUUGUAAUAAUAGCAUGUGAAAUCUUGAUGUAAAAAGCAUUAAUACAUUGCUUGCAUUAGGACAGAGGAUUAGUAAGGGUUGUUAGUAAGUAUACCGGGUAAACUCAAAUUUGUUUCAUGAAACUUAUUCAUCAAAACCAUAUUUUGUAGGGCAUAGAUGGUAAUUUUGUCUAAAAAUGCUCAUUGUUGCGAGUUCUAUUGAGCCCUGAAUUUUCAGCCUAGUUUGUGAAGAGCUGAAGAUUUAUCUUGGGCAUACAGUUUUUGUAAAUUUUGAAGUAUAACUCAACACUAUGUUUAGCAGUAUGACUCCAAAAUAUUUCAUGGGCUCCGUUAUCUUUAUACAACCAUAAGUAAGAAUUGGUUCAGUCAAAGCUCUGUUGAUUUCACAAUGUUCUAUUUGCUUCAAAACUGUUUACCCAAUGACCCACUGUCAUACAGUUGCCAUCAUUGAUAUAUAUACAUUUAUAUCUGUUGACCAAAUUUUCUAGUUCUCUCACAUUAAAUGUGAUCACAAAAUAAUUAUUGAUUUUGCUGUAACAUUUUUUGUGUGAAGUUAUACUGAAUUUAUAUAGUUUGAUGUCAGUCAGCAAAUAUUCAACUAAAGAUAAGGAAAAUAAGACUGUGGCACCAUUUGGACCAUUUUCAUUUCAUGUAAACAAUUAACAUAUUCUAGAUCUAGAUACCAAUUAGCUCUCAGGGAUUUUAUUCCAAGUACUUAUUUUUAAUUUACUGAAAAUGGUUGUGCUUGAAAGCAAGGGGUUUAAGUCAAGUUUGGUGUUGAAAGAUGUGUUAAGACACCAUAUUUCAGUGCAUCAAUUUCCUCUAGUCAGACCUUUUAUUACUGGUAUCACUACCAGGCAGUGUUAAGUAAUUAAACACAAAUGCCAAAAAUACAAUAGUAGUUACGUCUGGCUCUUGAUUCCACUGUCUACCACUUUUCACUCUCAGUGCAUAUAACUUGGAUAGAUUGCCUUCUACAUGCCACGUUCAAACGGUGUUGGUUGUUUUGUUUUGAAGCUUUGUACAUUCUGCAUAGUAAAUAUGGCAAUAGCUCACAUUGAGCGAAUUCCAUCAUUCAAGAAGGGAGAAAGUGUACAAGUUACAUCAUUCAUUUUAUAAGUAUUACUAUGUAUAUGAGGCCCUGAGCCCAGAUUGUGAAGUAACUGUCACAAUCUGCAUGCUCUCUCUUCAGUGUCCACCUCAGAACAGGCCAGCUGAAUUUACGAUUCAUGUUGGGUUUGAAACUUAAGGCGGUUAAGAAAAGUAUUAUAUUAACAUCUUGAAACAUCUGGACAGCUUACAAGAACAAUAUUUAUUCCUUUUCUCUGUGAAAUGGGCAUUUUGGACGUUAAGCUGUUCAAUUUUUUGGAUUUGCAAGCCUGUUUCUAGAGUGGACACUGAGACGAUUGUCAAAUCUAUUAUAUUUUAUUUAACAUUGGGUGUAUGAUUCUGUGUGACUUUCGUUAAACAAAACAUUUACAAACUAUUGUCUUUCCAUUAUGCUGUAAUAGACUCAUUUUUGGCAAAAUGUUGCUUACUGUUGCGGACUUUGACCUGAUGGAAUUCCUGGUGAGCUAUUUUUCCUUGGCCAGUACACAUCAACACUGGGAACGGACUGAUGUCCCCAUGAUUAACUAUCCAGUGAUAUUACCAAAGUGAGGUCAUGUUUUGAUUCUAGCUGGAACAUUUUUCAACAGUCAGGUCAAGGCUUUCCAAUGGUGUCAACCAAGGCCAUGUUUUGCCAUGAAACUGGCAGCCAGUUUGAUUCUUUGACACUGGCCUUCUUGUAAUGGAAUGCUUCUCAAUCUGCUGAAAGAGUGUUAUAAGCAUUUUUAAUUGAUCAUGAAUAAAGAAUCUGUCCACACCCUU